AUGAAAUUAGCGAAUAAUCUAGCACAUAAUUUGAUAUAUUUUCUCUCCUUUAUAGCCAUGCUUAUGUCUAUUAAAUGUAAAAACAUUACAAUUGUAGGGAAAUAUUUUUUUUUAUGCAAGUACACAAAAAGAAUUAAUAAGAAUUAUUUAAGUUCAUAUAUAAGAAAAGAUGUUGAAAACUAUUCGAAAUAUUUUAAAAAUUCCUGUUCUCUGAUUUUAUCUUCUGGAACUGGAGGAACAGAAGCUUGUGACUUUUGCAACAUGUUGUAUAAUAUGUAUAUGAAAUAUUUAUCAAAAAUGAAAAAUAAGAAAAACAUAAAAUAUGAAGUGAUCGAUUUAAGUAAGAAUGAAGUGGGGAUAAAAAAAGUGGAAAUAAAAAUUGAUGGAGAAUACAGUUUCUACAAUUUUGUAUCAGAAAAGGGGAUUCACAGGAUGGUUCGAAAUUCUCCAUUUAAUGCGCAAAAUAAAAAAAUGACGUCAUUUGUAAAGGUUGAUGUAAUACCUACUUUAAGUUAUAACGACACGAAUGUAAUUAAUUUUUUAAAUAUAGCUGAAAAUACUUCUACACCGGUAAAAAAGGUUCUGAACAGUCGUAAUAUGAACAUUAAUGAAAUUCCAAUAAAUAAAAGCGAUUUGAUUAUUCAAACCAUGCGUUCGGGUGGGAAAGGAGGACAAAAUGUUAAUAAGGUUGAAACAGCUGUUCGAAUUUUACACAAACCAACAAAUAUUUCUGUAAAAGUAUCUAGUGAGAGAUCUCAAAUUCUUAAUAAAAGAAUUGCAUUAAAAACGAUAUAUGAAAAAUUGCUGUAUUUACAAUUAGAAGCUCUAAAAGAUAAAAAAUACGAACUAGCUAAUAAAAGCUUAACACAUUUCGGAGAACAAAUUAGAAAUUAUAUUUUGUAUGGAAAUAAAAUGAUAAAGGACAUAAGAACCAAUGCCACUUCGACUGAUGUUGAUCGAGUCUUGUCUCAGGGAGAAAUUGAUUUGUUUGUGGAUGCAUACAAAAAAUAUCUAUAA